AUUUUUUUAAAAGCUUUUCAAGUUUCAACAGACUCAAAGUAGCUUCAGACUCUAAAACCCCACAAUUACCCAGGAGAAAACCUUUCACUCUUCCCGCUUCUGCUUUUUUUUCCAAGCAUCUGCUGCCAUUGUUACUCUCCCCCACAGAUUUUUCCUUUUUCUGGGAAUGGAAUUUGGAAUAUGUCUGGUGUUCCUUUUUUUUUUUUUUUUUUGAAUUAAGGGCAGCAUUAUUGUUCGCUUUUAUUUGGAACCCUUAAAUGGCCUUAAAGAUUUCUCCUAUUAAGGCUAGUGUUGAGAUCGUGAUCAGGCACUCUACAGGAAUCAGAACCUUGUGGCUGGAUUGGUUGCUUAGAGCCCUUUUUCCCAUUUCAGUUGAACACAAAUACUCAGGAGAAAGGGGCUGUAUUUGGAAAAUUCCUACUAGGCUACAAUUGUUAAGCACAGAAAACUCAUGGGUACAUUACAGUCCCAAGCAGUUGCAGCAAAGAAAUCAACCCUUACGCCUAAAGCCAUAAUAAAUCAAAAGUUUGGAAGUAAGGCUCUUUAUACAGUUGAGGAAGUGGAAGAGUCUUCCCAGAAUGACUGUCCCGGGCUAGCAAUCCAACAAAAACGUCCUUGUCUUUACCGCUGCUGUCUACAAUUGCCAGAACUUUCUGUUGUCUCAGAACCUUUUAAGCGGAAGAAGGAUGCAGAGCAAGCGGCUGCAGAGAAGGCUAUAAAAAAGCUAGGUAUUCAUCUGGAAGAAACUAUUCCCACUGUAGAGGAGGCAUGGCAAAAUUUGGUUGAUCGUUUAUCAUACUUAUUUUCAAGUGAGUUCCUCUCAUCUGUUCAUCCACUCAGUGGUCACUUCAGAGCAGCAAUGAGGAGAUCAGAAGACCUCUAUGGUUGUGUUCCAAUAUCGGUUUUAGUCAUAUUUGAUGCAAAACUUAAUAACUUGUGCAAAAUCAUAAAUCCCAAUGUAGAGUCAAACCUGCUAUUGGGUAUGUCAAUUGUUGCAACUGCUGCUGCAAGGCCAGCUUGUUCUUUGCUGCUCUUAAAGGAUUCUCUCUCUCUAAAGAGGCAGAACCUCCUUCCUCCUGAUGUUUUACAGUCUCUAGAAACUAGUGACUCUAGAUUGUCUGAAAGUAUUCAAAUUCAAGUAGUACGUAUCCCCUCAUCUGUAGAUUUGAAUCUUGAGUCGCUGGCUCUUAACAUUUCCUCUGGUAGUUAUUACCUUGAUGUCAUUGCACAAGCAUUGGAGACUACCAACGCUUCUGGAAUUCUAAUCUCCAAGACUAUUGGAAGAGCCUCCUCUGAGACUAGAUUAUAUUUUACUGCUCCUAAACACUGUCGGUUAGAUUUGGAGCAAUCAUCAAACCCUCUAGGAGAUGUUACAAACCAACAUGAAGAACCUACAAAUGUCAGGGCAAGUUAUAUGGCUGGCCAACAAGUAUAUGGAGAUGCGGUUUUGGCAUCUGUGGGUUAUAAGUGGAACACUGGUGACCUAUUUCAUGAAGAUGUAACCUUGCAAACGUAUUUUAGGUUACUCAUCAGUAAGAUACCAAAUGGGGUUUAUAAAUUGUCAAGGGAGGCAAUACUUGCAGCUGAAUUGCCUGUGGCAUAUACGACAAAAAGCAGCUGGAGGGGUUUACUUCCAAGAGAAAUUCUCUGUACAUUCUGCCGGCACUAUCGGUUGGCUGAACCUGUGUUUUCUGUUUUUAGUAAGUGCUCAGAAAAUCCAGAAACUUCUUAUGUGACAUGUAAGAAAUUGAAGGAAGGAAAUUUGAUUGAAGAAAAAGGCAGACUGGAUCCUUCUGCUGUAGGUGGCCAAUCAGAGGAACCAGGUGGAGCAAUUCAAUGUGAAGUAAAAAUGUUUUCAAAGCAUCAGGAAUUGAUUCUGCAUUGUUUGCCAACUAAAACCUAUAAGAAAGAGACAGAUGCGAUACAGAAUGCUGCUUUGAAAGUCAUCUCAUGGUUGGAUGCCCUUUUCAAAGAGUAUGAAACAUCAUUGCAGAAGCUGAGUUCCCUAGCUAAGAAGCUUGAGAUUCAGUUUUAUUCUGAAUUUUUCGUCCAGGAGUUUAAAGUACUUCAUUUAGUGCCAAACUUGUGGAUUAGUACUGUUAGUGGUAGCGGAGAUGAUAAUAUGCUGGAAAAUUCUUUUACCGUGGCUGGACAAGCUACUGGGGGUCUGCCGUCUAGUGGCUCUUUUGUCUGUAUUAGCUAUAGUGUAUGCUUGGUGACAGAAGUGGGAUCCCUCAAGGAACAUGUGGAAAGUAAUGAAGAGUUUGAAUUCGAGAUAGGAAAUGGAGGUGUCCUUCCUUUUAUUGAAGGGGUUGUGACACAGAUCUCUGUUGGUCAAUCUGCAAGCUUUAGGGUUGAAUUGCCCCCGAAGGAGUUUGUUCUGGCAGCUGCAGAUGAUGCUCUGACCACACUUUCGAUAUUAUCUUCAGGUAAAUGCAGUCUGGAGUAUUGUGUAACGCUGCUACGUGUUACAGAACCUUUGGAAGACAGAAUGGAACAGGCCUUGUUCAGCCCCCCUCUGUCUAAACAGCGAGUUGAAUACGCGUUGCAACACAUACGAGAGUCAUGUGCUUUAUCUCUGGUUGAUUUUGGGUGUGGCUCCGGAAGUUUAUUGGAUUCUCUCUUAAAUUAUCCAACCUCCUUGGAGAAAAUUGUUGGUGUUGAUAUCUCGCAGAAAGCCCUUGCUCGAGCAGCUAAGAUGCUCCAUUCAAAACUAAAGGCAAAUGCGGAGAUGAAUCUGCCGACUAACAGAAUCGAAUCUGCAGUAUUAUAUGAAGGCUCCAUUACAAGUUAUGACUCAAGGUUGUGCGGAUUUGAUAUUGGAACCUGCUUAGAGGUAAUUGAGCAUAUGGAGGAACAUGAAGCUAGCUUAUUUGGUGAUGUUGUGCUCAGCUCCUUUUGUCCAAUGCUUUUGAUCAUCUCUACACCAAAUUAUGAGUACAAUGUGAUUCUCCAGAAAUCUACUCAAAACCAAGAAGAGGAUCCUGAUGAGAAGAAUCAACUACAGUCUUGUAAGUUUCGCAAUGAUGACCACAAAUUUGAGUGGACACGAGCUCAAUUUCGUGACUGGGCGAUUGGUCUCUCUGAGAGGCAUAACUACAAUGUAGAGUUCAGUGGUGUCGGUGGUGUGGUUGAUGUAGAGCCUGGUUUUGCCUCCCAGAUUGCUGUGUUUAGAAGGAAAGAAGAUACAAAGAAGUUAGAAAUGGCUCAUCACCUUGAAGUUAUAUGGGAGUGGAGUAAAGAAAACAUUUGA